AUGGCGCAUGUGUGCAGGCUGCACGACUUGAACCAGCAGGGGCGGGAACCGCGAGGGCGCGUGGCAGGCGGCGCUGCCAGCGCACCAGACGUCGGCGGCAUGCGGCGCGCGCUCUGGCCGGCGGCCCUGCUCGCGCGCCACCACGCCCGCUUCCUGCCUCGGUCGGCCGCGGCGGCAGCCGUCGCGGCAGCAUGCAGCGCAUCCUUGUCAGCGCACGGGCCCGCCUGUCCGCAGCAGAUAUCCUGGCAGGGCGCACUCCUUUGCCAACGCCGGAAGCAGCAGCAUGCCCAGCUUUGGGACCCGCUGUGCCGCGGCGGCCGCAGGGGCAUCGCAAUGGCGGCGACGCCGGAGGUCAGCACAGCUGAAGCCGGGUAUCUUCCGCAGCAGGAUCAGGAGGAGGCCCCAAAUGGGCAGCAGCAGCAGCAACAGCAAGAUCAGCAGCAGCAGCCGCAGCAGCAGCAGGUGGCGCAGCAGCAGCAGCCGGCUGCUGGCGCCGGCGGCGACGCGGCCGCAGCCGCGGCCGCGGCGACGCAGCAGGGCAAGGCGGCGGCGCGCAGGGAGCCGCGCUACUCUCCGCUCCACCAUAACAUCGAGGAGUUUUGCCGCAGGGUGGUGCCCACGCAAGAGGAGCGCGCGGCCAAGCAGCGGAUUGUGGAGGCCGUCAAGGCGUCCACCAGGAAGGGCCUGGAGGGGAUGCAGCUGCCAGACGGGGCUCGCGUCAAGGUGCAGCCCUUUGGCAGCUUCGUCAGCGGCCUGUCAACGUGGAACAGCGACGUGGACAUUGUCGUCAGCGGCCUGGUGACGCCGUCGCGGUUGACGGGAGGCUUUGGCCAGGCGGACAAGCGGUUUGUCAUCAAGAUCUUGGACAGGGUGGCGAAGGAGCUCCGCCGCAGCCGCCGCGUCGACGUCCGGUCGCUGGUCAUAAUCCGCACCGCGCGCAUCCCGAUCAUCAAGCUGCAGACGGGGUACCAGUCGGGGUCUGUCGUCGCUGACGUCAGCCUGGGCGAUGAGUCGGGGCCGGCGGCGGCGCGGUACGUGACGCAGCAGAUCGCGGCUUACCCGCCGCUGGCGCCGCUGGUGCUGGUGCUCAAGGUGUACCUGCGGCGCUGCGGCCUGAAUGAGGUCGCCAACGGGGGCCUCUCCUCAUAUAGUCUCACGCUCAUGGUGCUCGCCCACCUGCAGGAGGAGAUCAAGGCCGGCAAUGACGUGUUCGAUCUGGGGGAGGCGCUCUAUAGCUUCCUGGUGCGAUACGGAGAAGAGUUCGACUAUGGAGCAGAUGCCGUGAGCGUGGCCAGCGGCGGCGUGGUCCCAAAGAUGGCCCUCGGCGGCGGCAGCUACUACAGCAUGUCAUCGGACAGCUUCGAUGACGACGAGGGCGGCGGCGGGGGCGGGCGGUCGGCGCGGGACCGGCUGAUGGUGGACGACCCGCUGACGGGGCGUGACAUCAGCGGCGGGACGUACAGGGUGGACGACUUGAGGCUCGCGUUUGGGCGGGCCGCGCGGCGGCUGGAGACGCUGGCGCAGAAGCAGCGGCGGGACGCGACCACAAACUACCUCCAGGUGUGCGGGGUUCCAGGGCUUGGGUAUUUUGGGGGCGGCUAG